AUGCAUCCAACCCGCCUCCUCCUCGCUCGCACGCCCCUGAUCAAAUUCCUAGGCAAACGUGUCCCGCCAAGUACUUCCCCCCAAGACUCCAUCCCGCUCCUCAAUCCCACUGUACUAACAGUAACAACCUCAGAAACAAUCACCCCGGCCGCCCCAGCCAACGAACCAGCUCCCCACCCGGCCUCCCCUUCCCACUCGUUACCGGAUAGCUUCAUGGCCUACCGCAGCAAAGCACAGCAGCACGGUCCGCUCGGCGGCCACCAUCGCCCUUCAUCUUCCCAACCGUCUUCAUCAGCCUCAUCAUCGCCUCCUCCCUCUUCAAUCAACGCUUCACAUGCCUACGGUGGCAUAGGAGGACAUUCGGGUCACGAGCUGGGGAGUGUGGAGCCGAAUGCGGGAAAAGGAGAGGUGUGGGAUCGGAGUGAGUUGCCGAAGAGGUUCGGGAGGAUGGCGUGGACGGAGGAUGAGAUCGAGGCGCUUGAGUUGGGCGGGGCGAAUUUGAGGGCCGGCUCCCUACCAGUCUCUUUAUUGACACAACGCGUCGUGACCGCGAGGUCAACACACAACCAUGACGACCUCCGAACCCUUCCGUCGCACAUUGUGCGCUUUCCUUUCCUUUCUAUCACCUUCGAGCUCAUCACCUUUGGCAUCAACCAGCAGUUGUCAGCACAUCGUGAGAUCAAGUUCAACAUCUGCAGCUUCUCUCAGCUCUAUCAUUUGCUCACUGCACGCACGGGGACCAUCAAGACAUCGAUUCGGUACUUCAGGCCCUCCGUUGUUGCUAUGCCGUCGCGUCAAAAGAAGGCGCUGCGUGACAGCAUGCUCACCCAAGCUUUCUUCAACCAAGCUGGCAACGGCAUUUGUGACUGCUGUUCUGGCGCCAUUCACAACAAUGCCUCAACUGAAGAAGUCGCAGAUACAGGCUCAGGUAAGAACCCUUUGAAGUGCUCCGUCAUUGAGACUAAUGAUAGGACAGGUGAUGAAAAAUACAACAACCUUACGCCUGAAGAGUACCAGAAAUUGCACACAUCCGAUAAAAUCUUCGGCCCUCGGGGUGUGCUGCGAGAACUCAAUCUCGCUCUCGAGCAGAGGAACAGUGAGCCAGCCAUGUAUGAGCGAAUCCAGCCGAUGGAGACUUUUGACUUAGGCAAUCUGGAUGAGGUCGCCGAGACGUACGAUAAGCGCUGCGAAAUAUUCAGAGAUGAGGAAGAGCGUGGGAUGGCCAAUUUAGCUGCAGGCAUCAGCGACCUUGUGGUCAUUGCCAAUGAUUCAAAGCGCUCAUCUGAUGAUCGUUUGGCUGCGGAGUUGGAUAUACACAACCUCAACAUCUAUGGCAAGACAAUCUUACCUCUUACCUCCUGCCUCCGUCAAGUCCAGCUGUUCAACGUUGAGAAGAGGUUCGGGUUUGUGGAGGAGAGCUACCAGGCACUCUAUAACGAUGAAAAGAAGCGACGUGGAGAAGAUGUUCCUGCCGGGACGGCGCUCUCUUUUCGUCAGAAAUACAACAAUCCAUUGCAACUCACGGGAUCCGCAGCAAAGCCACGCGGAAAAGGGAAGAAGAGACUCGGCAUGGUUAAAGCUCUUGUCGAGGUCCAACGUAAUGGCAAGCUGGCACUCGCAGAGACGCAGAACCUCGAGAAGAUCCUCAGCGACGCUGAAAAGUCUAUCGAGCUACCGGGUCUACCAGCAAGCUUCUCAUACAACGAAGCUCCAAUUCCUGAUGACAUUCCCGACCAUAUCAAGCGACGCUUCUUCGAUGCGGAGUCUGCUUAUGAAGAGAUUAUGGAUCUUCAGGAAGAGGCUACCACGCUGCUCUGCCGUGUAGAAAGUACGUUUGACCUCUGGUACAGUGCGAGCCAGGAAGCAUGGGAGUCUGGCAAGAGAAUCAUCCAUGAGAUGCCACUUUUCCGGGAGUACGAGUAUACCAGGAUCUCGUUGCAUGCUCUGUUCUAUGUGGCGUCUCGGCAGGAAAUAAAGAUCGUCGAAUACUACAGCAGCGAAGGAGCACCGAAGCUUCCUCCCUUAAUCAACCAAGCUUUCAAACUCAAAUCUCUAUCCCUCGAGGAAUUUGAGAAAGACUGGGACAUGCGGUGCCUUGCACUGCACGAUAGCUUCCCUUCGGUGGAUAAGAAAGUGGCAGACACAGACAAGAUGCUAAAGGAGACCGGCGAGCGGGACCUUCCAAAGAGUGGAUUGUGGAAAUGGCUCUUUUGA